UCAUGCUUUUUAUUUCUAGUUCCCGGGUCUUACCACUAUGGCAUACCGAUGUGACCUGUGCAACAAGGAGUUUGCCUCUAAGAGGGAGAGGGACCGUGAGAAUCAUAUAAGAACCCACACAGGAGAGAAGCCAUUCGAGUGUACAUUCUGCGGCAAGAAAUUUUCUCAAAAGGCCAACUUGGGCCCACACCUCCGGACCCACACAGGAGAGAAACCCUUUGAGUGUACAUUCUGCGACAUGAAAUUUUCUCAAAAGGUCAGUUUGGGCCAACACCUCCGGACCCACACGGGAGAGAGGCCCUUCGAGUGUACAUUCUGCGACAAGAAAUUUGCUAGAAAGGUCUACUUGGGAACACACCUCCGGACCCACACAGGAGAGAAGCCCUUCGAGUGUACAUUCUGCGACAAGAAAUUUUUACAGAAAGUCCACUUGGGCACACACCUCCAGACACACACAGGAGAGAAGCCCUUUGAGUGUACAUUAUGUGACAAGAAAUUUGCUAAAAAGGUCCACUUGGGAACACACCGCCGGACCCACACAGGAGAGAAGCCCUUCGAGUGUACAUUAUGUGACAAGAAAUUUUCUCAAAAGAGCAGCUUGGGCACACACCUCGAGACACACACAGGAGGGAGGCCUUUUAAGUGUAUAAUCUGCAACAAGACAUUUAGACAUGGUAGCAGUCUGCGCAGACACCUCCAAGUUCACCCAGGCGAGAAGCCUUUUGAAUGA